AACUUUUUGUCUAUAUUAUUGUACUCCUCGACGCGAUAUUGCCUCUCUCUCUUCAUACAUCCUCUCUGCGGUGGGCUAGGGUUUUGCGUUCAAAUCUAGGGUUUCAGGUGUUUAUUCGUGAUGUCAAGAGUAUAUGUUGGAAAUUUGGACCCUAGGGUCACUGAACGAGAUCUUGAAGAUGAGUUCCGUACCUUUGGAGUGAUAAGAAGUGUUUGGGUUGCAAGAAGGCCACCUGGUUAUGCUUUUAUCGAUUUUGAUGACCGAAGAGAUGCACAGGAUGCAAUCCGGGAAUUGGAUGGUAAGAAUGGUUGGAGAGUUGAACUCUCUCACAAUUCCAGAGGUGGAGGUGGGGGACGUGGCGGUGGAGGAGGACGUGGUCGCUCUGGUGGUUCUGACUUGAAGUGCUAUGAAUGUGGCGAAGCUGGUCAUUUUGCACGUGAGUGCCGGCUCCGCGGGGGUGGGGGUGCAGGAAGGCGUCGCAGUCGCAGCCCACCUAGAUAUAGGAGGAGCCCAAGUUAUGGUCGAAGGAGUUACAGUCCUCGUGGUCGUUCCCCUCGUCGCCGCAGUGUGUCUCCUCGUGGCCGUAGCUACAGCCGAUCUCCUUACCGUGGACGGGAUGAAGCUGCUUAUGCUAACGGAAAUGGUCUCAGGGAACGACACAGAAGCAGGAGCUGAAGCAAUGGAAUAUUGUUUCCAGAUGCAUUACCAAACAUUUGGAAUUGUGUUUUUACUUAGCUUGAACUAGAUCACAACUAUGUAAGUGGGGCCACCAUUUUGCUUCAACUGCUGGAUUUGGUUAAGUUUUCCUUUCUUUUGAUACUAAGUGUAUUGGCUUCAUAGUAUAUGUUCCUUGCUGAACUUAGUAUCUAGUUACUGUUGCUUUGAAUUUUAUAGACGAUUGGAUCUAUGGUAGGUAAUAUUUUAUUGAGAAGAAUAUAUCUCUAAAGACACUGCUAAAUGUUUUUCUGUUUUUGUGCCGAGGUGUCGUCCUGGUACUACUGCUUCA